AUGGUGCCAACCUCGGCUUCUCCGGCCGGCGACACCGCGCCAGCACCAAAAGCGCCCAGCUAUGACCACCUGCCAGACCUAUCUGCGGACGACUCGAUCGACGGCACUGAAAAGGGCCGUCCCACAUUCGAACAGCUCAAUGCUACCCUGAUUUCUCGUGGAUACCUCCGCUCCGCCCUCAAUGUGGCGGGCAUGCAUCAAGACUCGGUCGGUGUGCUUGCCGACGCACUCCACGCCAUGAUCUCGCAGCGAGAGGAAGACAUCGAGGUGCGCACCGCCCUCACCGCCAAGAAUCGUAUGCUCGCCGCUUCACUCGAACGUGCAAAGCGAUUCCACAAGGAGGAGUCUGAGCGCGCCGCCGACUUUGAGCGCAAGUCCGAGGCGGCCAAAGCCAAACUGACCCACGUCUCUGCACAGCUCGAGGCAGAGCAGAAUGCACACAAGGCCACCAAGGACGCGCUGGCCCGCAUGCGUCGAGAUCUGCAAGCGAUCAAGGCAUCCGCUCUGCAGUACAAGGCAGCCAAUGAUCGCUCGGUGGCGCGUGUGCGAGCGAGGAUUGGCGAGGUGACCAGCUCGGCCAUUCGGUCGGCCGUGCCCGACUUCCAGAUCGUUGCCUCUGCCUUUGACGAUCUCCCCACGUCGUCAAGCACUAGGGGAAGCGCCGCCAGCGCCUAUGCUCAGCAGGUACAGGAACUCGAACAGAAGCGCACCUCACUCGUAGAAUACAACCAGGCGCUCAAGAGACUUGCCACCGAUGCCAUCAACGCAGCCAGACGCGCCGACCAGGAGCUCCUCGAUAUGGUCGAAGCCGAGCAAGAGGAUGCCAAGAAGCGCGACGCGGAAUCUGCACCAAGGUCGGCUGGCACCCGUUCCACAUCCUCAGGCAGUCUCAGCAGCCAUGGCGCCUCGUCCAGAAAGGCUUCUACGUCAGACGCGUGGCUCGAAGGACAUCGACCUCUCUUCCAAAGAGACCUCUUCCCAGCCACCGACAGCCUGCGCUCGACCUCGUCGGGCAUGCUUGUCUCCGCAUCUUCGAGCAAAGCCCUGCAUCCCGCUUUGCGCGCUCUCGAGCUUACGUCGACAGCCAUCAGCACGCAUGUGCAGUCGCUUCUGGACCUCCGAACCGAACGCAACAUUCACCAAGCGACGGCAAACCAACGAUUCGCUGCCGAGCUCAAGGAGCAGGCGUGGGUCGCGCAACUGGAGCACGGCAUCCAUGAGGAUCUGCGUAACGACGCGCGUCUCUCGCUCAACAAGGCCAACGGACCAGUGCACGUCGGCUCGCUCGCGUCGGCCGCUGCGGCCGCAUCAAGCGGCACAUCGGCAGGCGGAACCUCGCAGCGCAUCGACUGGCAGCGCGAAAAGUCGGAGCUGGAAAAGAAGCUUGCUCAGCUUGUCAAACAGCUCGCUGUCGCCGAGCAAAAUGCUGCGCGCAAGGACAAGGAAGUGCGCAAGCUUGCCGAAGCCGAACAGCGUGCGCGCAACCUGCUCGACCAGGCAGCUCAGCCCUCCAGCCCGGAGGACACGGCGCAAGCGACACAGUCUGCAGAGAUCAUGAAGCGAGCAGACGCUCUCCGAAUAGAGCUACAGGCGGCCGAACAAGCACGAGUGCAGCUGGCCCAGCGAUGCAACGUCCUCGAAGCGGAAGCGCAAGAGCUCCGCAACGAGCGCGACCGCGUGCUCGCGGAUCCCGCCGCACCGAGUUUCGAGCGAGGCUGUCCCGAGAAGAUAGGUCCUCUCACUUCACUCAAGCGCCUGGCCGACGGCGAAGUGGCCGAGAUUCACGCACGCGAUGCCAAACGGCGCUCAGAGCUAGGCAGCCUCUCUGUGGUGGCGGAGGACGCCGAGACGGCACCUGCCUCGGACACCGUUUCGGCGGCGGACGCUGCCAGCGAGGAAGCCACUUCAGACGGAGAUGGGCAAAAAGGAACUGACGAUGCGAGCGGGGCUCUCAGCUUCGGCGAGAGCCUCAGCAACAAUCCUGAGCUUGGGGCCAUCUUUGGAGGGAACAAGUGGACCGAGCCAUCAAAGAGCAAGCCGCGAGCAGCACCACGACGGUCGUCGCGUCUGUCGGGCGGAGGCACGACAGACGGAUCAUCUGCACCCGCAGCCGUAGAGUAUGAAAAGACAUCCGAACGCGUCGAAGGACGAAAGCGCAAAGCAGACCGGGAGGAGCAGGCGAACGAGUCGAGCAGCACAGGUCGACGAACGUCAAGUCGAGUGAGCACCGGCAGCUCGGAUUCGAAAGAGGCGUCGCCGAGGAGCUCCAAGAGGCCGAGACCCGAAGCUGACGAUGCUGCCAUCGCGCAGCCAAGAUUGUCGAAGCCGGCUGUAGUGGAAGCAGCAGCAGAGCCAUCGCGACGCCGAAUGUCGACGCGCGAGAAGCAAGAGCUGGAUGAGCAGCGCAGAUCGCGUGCCGUGUCGAGCUUGAAUGGGAACAAGACGCCAGCGCUCACUUCGCGACGGGUCGUGUCGGCCUCUUCUUCGUCCGUGACGCGGCCGACGGCGGCUUCGUUGCGGCGCAGCGAAGGGGUGCAAGGGAGCAGUGUCAAGCGACCGCUGUCAAAUGCGACCAAUACGCGCGAAGCGGCUGCACCGAUCACCACGGCGGGCAAAGCACCUGCACGUGCGGUCUUGUCGUCCAGCUCGGCGCGUGCUCGUUCCUGA